CGCGCUUCGUCAUCCUGCUUUUCCGCUUUUCCGAAUCGAAAAUGCGUGCCAAACUGCAUGAAAAGGAAAACUUGGUCAGUUGAGGUCUCAGUUCGGGUCGGGUUUGCAAUUCAACAGCACUGCGGAAGCGGAGAAAAUUCGUCACCACAGCGGACGGGCCAAACAAUAAGCCAGCGUAGUAAUAUCGACUUCACCGCCCUCGAUAUAUAUAGUAUAUAUGAUAUUCGUAAGGAAACGGAAUCGGAAUAAAUGCGAAUGUGCCUGCCCGUUGAGUGGCCCCCCCAAAUGUGUGUGGGGAAAUAAUUGAAAAACGCGUGGAAAUUGCAAUGUGCGAAAUUAAAUGUGCAUUUGUGUUUUGAAUUUUUAACGUCCCUCCCGUGUUUCCAUUUUUUGCAGUGACCCACAGCCAGCGGCAAUUGCACAUAAGUUGCAACAAGCAAAGUAACAACAACAAAAAAAAAAACGAAACAAAAAAGGUAGAAAAAAUAAACAACACAACAUUGUAAGCGGGCUGAAAGGCGUUGCCAGAUUGUUGGCCGACAGCAACAAAAACAACAAGCAAAAACAACACCAACUACGCCACAACAAUAGCCUAAAGGGCCAAAUGAACGUUGUUGGCUAGUCCGUCUGUCGCCCGCUUGGUGGCGCUAGCUACAACUACAACUACAACAACGACAACGACAACAUCACUGCGUGCUGCUGCUGGAAAUCCUGUCGCUAAUUAGCGGGUUCGCGGCGUGCGCGCUUAUGCAGACACAAGGCGAUUGAGGAUUCCAUUGAACUGGCUGCCGGGUUAAAUUUGUUGUCGUAACAUGGGCUGCGUCUUUGAAGCGGCCAAAGAGCAGCCCCACAAACCGAGACGCAAGCAACUCAGGCGAAGCCAAUGCCGUGGGAGAGCAGCAGCGGCGGGGAGCGGAGGCAAGGCCGCUGCCAGAGCAAACGACAAGCCAGCUGAGGACAUCAAAAUCAAGGAUAACUAUCAACAGAACCAUAAAACCCAAACCGAAACCGAAUCCGAAUCCGAAUCCGAAACACAAACACAAACAGCAGCCCAAGCACAAUCAGAGGCUGAAACAGAAACAGAGGCAGAAACUGGGCCCGAACAUCUAAAAGCGACGGCUCAAGUGCUUUUAACGAUACGGCAGGCACGUCAGGAGAAGAGCCAGCGCGGUAGUCAAGUGGCUGAAACGCACAAGGACGAAGGCGAGGACGCGUUGGCGAGGCGGGGCUCCGUUGUCGAUACGGCUGCCAGAAUCGGAAUCGAUAUUGCGGCAGCAGGCAGGCAGCAAAUCGCCGAGCGGGAUGAGGAGCGGGAUGAGCGUCGGCAGCAUCAUGCCCGCCGGCGAAGGCGCCACCUGGCGGAUCCCGCCGGCGGCCCAAAGUCCCAGGCCCCGGCCGCAAUGGCCGGCCUCUCAGCGCUCUCCCUGCACAUCCACGCCCUCGCCGCCCUAGCGAAAACGCUGCAGAAGCAGGACGAGAGUCCGCUGGACCGCCAGCCACUAGCCUACCGGCCGUGGCAAGGACAUGCGUUCGCCGAGACCCCCCUGCCCGCCACCAUGUCGGCGGCCCUCAUCGCCAACGUCGGCGCCACGGCGGCGGCCACCUCGGCGGCCGCCCUCCAGUGCCUUGGCCAGCACUACAAGCACUACAGCCAGUCGAUCAGCUUCUACGCCGCCUCCAGCGUCAUCCUGAUGCUCUGCUACCUGACCACCGCGUCCACGGCGGCUGCCACGCAGUCGGAGACGGGAGUCCUCGACAAGCAUCCGAUUCAUGGCAUCGAUUGGUCGAAAUUCGACGAGUCCAGUUCGGAUAAGGAGAUAUUAGAUUUACUGCUUGAGAAGAAGCGCUACGAUAAACGAUUACUGCCGCCUGUAAAUGAUGAAGACUUUUGCUGUGGUUUGCAAUCGCCCGAUAUGGCAACUAAUCAAAAUGCACGGAGACCACACAAUCGCGGCACUCUGACAGUGAACGUGAACGUGCUGCUCCUGAGCUUAGCAUCGCCCGAUGAAAGUAGUUUGAAAUACGAGGUGGAAUUCCUGCUGAACCAGCAGUGGAACGAUCCGCGACUGCAAUAUGGCAAUAAGUCUCAUUACGACUUCUUAAAUGCUCUGCAUCAUCAUGAUAGCAUCUGGACGCCGGAUACGUAUUUCAUUAUGCAUGGCGAUUUCAAGGAUCCCAUCAUACCAAUGCAUUUCGCUUUAAGAAUAUAUCGGAACGGGACCAUUACGUACGCAAUGAGACGUCACCUGAUCUUAUCCUGCCAGGGAAGUCUUCACAUAUUUCCAUUCGAUGAUCCAAAGUGUUCCUUCUCCAUGGAGAGCAUUUCCUACGAGGAGGCCCAAAUCAAAUACGUCUGGAAAAACGAUGAGGACACUCUGCGGAAAAGUCCUUCGCUGACCACAUUAAAUGCGUACUUGAUCAAGAAUCAAACAACGGCCUGCGAUCAAAACAGCUGGAGAGGUAAUUACAGUUGCCUACAGGUCGAGUUGACAUUUACCCGUGAUCGUGCGUAUUAUUUUACAACCGUUUUCAUACCUGGCAUUAUAUUGGUCACCUCGUCGUUUAUCACAUUUUGGCUGGAAUGGAAUGCAGUCCCAGCCCGGGUUAUGAUCGGCGUGACAACAAUGCUGAAUUUCUUCACUACCUCGAACGGUUUCCGGAGCACUCUGCCGGUUGUUUCCAAUUUGACGGCGAUGAACGUGUGGGACGGCGUCUGCAUGUGCUUCAUUUACGCCUCCUUGCUGGAGUUCGUCUGCGUCAAUUAUGUGGGGCGAAAGCGACCCCUGCACAACGUCGUCUAUCGGCCCGGCGAGAAUCCCGUAACACAGCGUCUUCCAGCAGUACUAAGCAGGAUCGGAGUAAUUCUUGCAAGUCCUUUGGCAAGCGCCGCGGCCACGCCGGCCAUGUCGAUGAUGGGCGGUGCCACGCCCAUGUCCGGUGGCACCCCGGCCGCCUCCUCCUCGGUGGCCACGCCCGGAACGCCAAGGACCACCGAUCCGGAGGAGUUUUUCGGCGGCGGCAUGCGAUGGCAGGAGGCGCACGGCGGAAUCAUUGGAGCCGCGGUUCAGAAUCUGCGGGCACGCUCGAUAAAGCGGAAGGCGGCCAGAAGUCCAUCCACCUCCGUAUCCCCGAAUCCCAGUGGACGGCCCAUUGAGCAUAUAUACGAGGAGCGGGGAGCCACUUCCGGUGCCACCAGCACGAAGGUGAAGUUCAAGGACGAGGUGAAGGAGGAGGCGGAGGCGGAGUCCUCGUCCCUGCGCCGAUCGGUGGCCACCAGUACGCCGGCCCUGGUGGUGCGGAUCGAGGCCGAGACCGAUCUGGAAGCGGACCCGAAGCCCGCCCAGGAUAUGGAAAUGACCGAGCGGCAGUUGCCCCUGCCGCUGAAGCCGCCGCGCCGGAAGACCUCGCGCUCGAAUUCUCCAGCCUCGGUUUACGGCGAGUGCAGUGGCACGGAUGCGUUCGAGAAUGCGGACACUACAGGCGAAAAGCGACGAGAUGCCGGGGCCCCGAACGAAAUUGUGGCAUGCACCACCUGCGGCGGCAGCAACAGUCCGUGCACCCAUUCUGCGAACAAUGGCUGUGCCACGGAGACCUGCUUCGUUCAAGUGCGGAAAAAAGAGCCACCCCAUCCGAUUCGAGUGGCCAAGACGAUCGAUGUCAUCGCUAGAAUUACAUUUCCAACCGCUUAUGCCAUUUUUCUGAUAUUCUUCUUUGUACACUAUAAAGGAUUUUCGUAAAAUUAAGCAAAACACACUAAAAAUAAUGCAUAAACAUACAUAUAUAGAUACUUGAACACGCUAAAUUGCCGAAGCAAAGCCAGAAAAGCAAGCUCGAACGCCGAGAGAAUGCAUUAUUCUUAAAGUAAUUUGUAGAGAAACAUGCAAACUGUCAUGAAAACUCGUUUGCUAAGUUCUAGGGCCUUGCAAAGUCAUCUAAUUUUAAUGUAACAAAGGGAAACACAAAGUACAUCUAACGAUUAUUACAUUAACGAUUAUUUAAAUGGCAACAACAUGACAAAACCAGUGAUAAAAACGUCAAAAUGAAAAAUUAGUUUAUACUGAGUUGUUAACGGGGACAAAACAAAAAUGAAUAAGUUGUUAAUAAUUAAUAUUUACGAGAGUUAAAUUUAUGCAAAUGAGCAAACAUACGAAAGAAACAUUUUCGACUGCCUUUUUUAAAAAUAGUAGAAACAAACCAAAAAAAAAAACUUUAAAUUAAAUUUGCAAAUUUUUGCAUAUGCUCGAAAAUGCAUUAGUUAAUUAUACCAACCAAAGAAACACUGUCUAGCAAUUGUAAUAUAUAAUACUUAAACAAUUUAUUAAGCAAAGAUAUUUAUGCUGAAAGUACCAAAAAACACGAUCCAAGAAGAUAAAAAGACCUAGCCUAUAAUUAUGAAAUAUGAAACGCAAACCAAACAGCUUUAAGGCUUUACCUAUUUGAGUAGUCGAAAAGAUGCAAACCUGUUUAUACACCUUUACAUAGAUGUUAUAUAUUUACAACAGCUCUAGUCAAAUAUUAUGAAAUUAAAACCCAGUUUUGUUCCACUCAAUUCGAUGAGUUGAAAUGCCUCCGCAUAUGUCAAAGAGUAAACAAACAGAACACACAAAUUGUUAAUCAUCACACAGAUUUUUACAUUAUGCUAUAUUGUAUAUAAUAUUUAUUUAUAUGUUUAGUUAAAUUCUGUUUAUUUUUUCAAUAAAUGUUCAAUUGAUAAAGCAGAAAUUUCUCUUAUCGCAUCACAGAAAUUCGUAGAAAUGGAACCGCCGCCAAGUAGACCACAGAAUAAGCUUUCCUAAACAAAAAAUCAGGUGAAAUAAAAACAUACGAAAUAAUUUGGUUUUAUAAAAAUGUAUUAACCAAACAGACUUUUGUACACCGUCAUUCAUCUUAUUUAAUACAUCAACGCCUUUUUAAGUAGCAGCAGGAAUUGCCUAAAACCUUUUAUUAAUAUACAUAUCAAAGCUCAUAGAAGAAACAUAAAAGAAAUCUAACUUAAAUAUUUACAAAAAUAUAUGACAAGAAACUUUAUAAAACUCUCAUUAGUAGCUAUGAAGCAUAUGCCAACCCAACUAUAAACUCACAAAACUAACACCCAAGUAUUUUAGAUAAAAUGUAUGUCGCGAACGAUUUGCAAACGUUUGAGGGCAAAUAAAAUAUUAACAAAACCCAAAGAAGCACGACCUAAAAUCCAAACAAAUUUAAGCCUAAACCAAAUUUAAACCUUGUGAUAAACAACACAACAAAAAUAAACUUAAACGAACCUUUGCAAACGAAAUUUUAGCGAAAUUAAUUGAGAGCAGGUUAUUGAGGGCCACCGUUACCAAUUGUUUAAACAAUAUUAUCUAUAUAGAACACAAUACGCGUAUACACAAAUGCUUAUUGCAAAUAAAUAAAUUUAUGAAUUUAGAGAUUUGUAGAUUUUUUGGGAAAUUUUCUUUUCGCCAUGUUGCAAGCUCUUCGCAAUUAUUUCUUAUUUAACAAAAAAAACUAAAAUACAACUAAAAGAAAAGAAAACCCAAAGACAAGGACAAUCUUUUUGCAAUUUACAAAAACAUAAAAGUUAAUCUGAUGAAAUGGAAGUGCUAAGUAAACUUUCGAACAAGCAAUGCCGAGCAAAUCUGAAUUCUUUUGUAAAAUUAGCUGCUUAAAUACACAAAAGCUGAACUCCAAAUUUUUUGCGUCCAAGGAUAAAUAUUUUUUUGCGAAGAAUGGUAAAGGGUAUGAAAUGUGAGUAGAAUUUGCUGAAUAUGUGGCCAAUAUAAGGAAUGUACAAAUAAAAUACGAUAAAGACGGACCCUUAGAAACUGUAUUCGAUUCGUUUUUGAACAGCUUAACCAAGUAACUUAUUUAAAUGUUAGUUAGCAAUCGAUUUGGGUGAAGGUGCCUUCUUUGAGAAUAUUAAAAAACAACUUAUUGAUUGCUUAGAUGGUUUCAAGCGAAACACAGUUUGAGUUGUUAUGAAUGGGAACCCGACCUAUGUGCCCUAUAACGAUUUCAGUUUGGGAUUGUUUUUCACUCCUCACAAGCUAAACUGCUGAUAAAAUAAAGUAGAAGCUAAACCAAAGACCAGUAACAUUAUAAAAAUAUAUUUAAAAGAAAUAGAUCUAAAAAUGAAUCCAUAAAAGUUCACACUUAAAAAAGCAUUAAUGAAUUUAGCAAAAGAGAAAAUUAGUAAAAGCAACACGAGAGAUUUAAAUGCAUUAAGAAAAUCUGUUAAAUGUACUCAUAUUUUAUGAGUGGUCAUUGCAGAUCACAAAACACUAUUUAAAUUCUCAAUACCACAAGUUUUAUAAUUUGUAAUUGCUUUGAACCAAAUGUAAAUAUUUAUAAAACAAGACAGUUAGUAGUUAAAUAAUUUUAUCGAUAACUUUAAACUAAUUUUUAAUUUUAAUAAUAUUUGCUAAAUCUAUGCCAGUCAAACUGAACUGUUUGCUAAAGAUUUGUUAAGAAAAUAUAUAUAAAAACGUUGAAAAAAGAAAAACAAGUUAAGCCAUUGGGGCAAUUUCUGUUGUCCAAUUUAUUUCACAUACGAGUAGAUUUCUUAAAGAUCAAUUCCAAAAACCAAAAUCCCCACAAUGCUACCAAACGCAAUAAUUAUAAAACAAACUUUUUUAUAAUGCACAAUCUUGAGCAUAAUAAAAACCAAUUUACUAACAUUGCAUUCCAGAAACGAACAUCAUGUAAAUACACCAAGUACAUAAACCAAGUAAAAAAUUAGUUAUUAACGAGAAAAUAUUUGAAAAAACGAAAAUUGAAAAACAACAAACGAACAAAACCAGAAAACUAAUAAACAAAGCAGCUUCGCAUUAAUAAAGAUCGUCUCAAUCAAAAAAC